UUGAGGAAACACGACUAAUAAAUUGGCCAAAUUAAAUACACAAUUACUAAAUCGGGCCAAAUAAGUAAAACACAAGAACAGUUUUGACCUUUUUUUUUUUUGGUCAAGAACAGUUUUGACCUUAACUUAAAGGCUUUAAGCAAAAAAUAAAAAAUAAAAACCUUUAAAAUCAGUUUCAGUUCCAAUUUAAAAGUAUAAAUUGGCUAAUUAAAAUAGUUCGAGUCUCAAGUUUUCAAAAAAAAUAUAUAUAUCGGGGCCAAAUUGACAGUAAGUAUGAAGUUUAAGUUGAGGGAGCAAAUUGGCAGAUUGGUGAAACUGAAAUUAGAAGAAGCGGAUAACGCAUUCUUCUGUUUUUAGGUGCCAAAGAUAAAAAACUGAAAAUAAUUUGAGGAACUGGAAUGAAUUCGUCACUAGUGUUUCGUCGCUUCUGGUGCUUCAAUGCCGCAACUUCAUCUUCUUCUACUCUAUGCUUCGCUUCCAACAAGAAGCCCCUCGUCUUCUUAGGCUCUCCUCAGGUAUCUGCAACUGUUCUUGAUGCCCUUCUCAACGCAUCCACUGCUCCGGACUCUUUGUUUGAGGUUGCAGCAAUUGUUACUCAGCCGCCAUCCAGAAAGUCUAGGGGGAAAAAGUUGAUGCCUUCUCCUUUAGCACAGCAUGCUCUUGACAGAGGCUUCCCUUCCAACCUUAUUUUUACUCCUGAACGGGCUGGAGAGGAUGUGUUCUUAUCCAACUUAAGAGAUUUGCAGCCAGAACUUUGCAUUACUGCUGCAUAUGGGAAUAUUUUACCUAGCAAGUUUCUAAAUAUCCCAACAUCGGGCACGGUCAAUAUACACCCAAGUCUUCUGCCAUUAUAUCGUGGUGCUGCACCCGUUCAAAGAGCCUUGCAGGACGGUGUUAAAGAAACAGGAGUAUCCUUAGCAUUCACUGUCCGUGCACUGGAUGCUGGACCUGUCAUUGCCUGUGAAAGAAUGGAAAUUGAAGAUCAAAUUAAGGCACCGGAGCUACUUGAUUUGCUAUUUUAUGAAGGAUCUAAACUAUUGAUUCGUGAGCUUCCUUCUAUAUUUGAUGGAUCGGCUAAAGUGAAAGCACAGCCCCAGGAUGACUCCAAAGCUACCUUAGCUCCCAAGAUUGCUUCUGAGGAGUCGUGGCUAUCUUUUGAUGAGGAAGCUCCAGUCCUACAUAAUAAGGUUCGUGCCUUUGCAGGGUGGCCUGGAACUCGAGCUAAAGUUGUAAUUGUUGACAACAAAAGUGGUCAAGACAAAAUCACGGAGCUUAAAAUUAUCACCACGAAAGUUUGCAGCCGUAGCAAUAUUCAGGUCAAUCAAGCAGAUGAGAUCACUUUUAUAAAGCCUGCACUAGUAUUUCCAUGUGGAGGGGGCACAGCCCUUGAGGUGUUGGAGAUUCAGCUUCCAGGUAAGAAGGUAAUGAGUGCAGCUGCCUUCUGGAAUGGUGUACGUGGUCAAAAGCUGAAGAUAUUAAGUGCUGCUUAUGAAAACGAUCAUUUACAUUAGUUUUCAAUUUUGAGCAAAUUCAUCGAGUAAUAUUGUGUCAUUAUCGGUAAUUUAAUUCUUUUGAUUAAUUUUAUUGGAAAUACAUGUAACAUAAUAUGUUAUCUACUGAAAUUCUUUCCUGUAUUUGUCCCUAAAUUUCAUUGGAAAUGUAUGUAAUUCUUCUCAGUUAUGGUGAUUUUAUUUU